GUUGUGAGAAGCACUGAUUGGAUACCUAUGAUAAUGUGCCGAUAAGAUUGCAAGGUUCCUUGAUAAUAAAUAAUAAUCGUCUUUAGCAUAAAAUAAUUAAAACAAUCGGAAUGGUAGAUUAUCUAGCAAACGUGAUAAAGACCGCUCGUGUGUCGUUUGAACAGUGAAGUGUUGGUUCACUAUUACGAUAACGUUGCUGUGUUUUCUAAGAAUGUUUAAAAUCUAAUUUGCUGAAAAGUGUUACAAUAUGGUUCUUUGCCCGCCGUUCCGAUGGUCUUCUAGGAGCCGGUUUGAUCUCACAACUGCAGUGCGAGAACGGCGUAAUGCCGGUCGACGUGAAACAUUCUAUGUUUUACCAGAAAAUAAUCCUGCAAAUCCGGUGUCAAAUGGGAAUUCAUCAAUGGGGAACGUUGCUGUAUACAAAAAGAGCCUCACUUUACCAACUGAUCCCGGAGGCUCUAGCAAAAAAUCGAGUUACAUGAGUAUACAAAGCGCAAAAUCAAGCGAAAGCAUCAAUCAUAUAAAGGACUCGGAUAGCGAAGCAUCGGAAGAUCCAAAAGUUAGUGCUGGCCGUAAAACAAUAUCUGAAAUUGUUCAAACUAACCCGGAGAAACGCAUGAGAAGAAAGAGAGGUGUGAUAGCACCUCACGCUCCUUUGGAUAGUGCUCGGUCGCUACUAGAUCUGCAAUACGAAAAAUUUGCUAAAGAUGAUAUGUCCAUAGAACAAAUAAAAAAAGCUAUAAUGGCUAACGAUUUCUUAAAAAACAUAAUGGACGAAGAACGCCUAGAGGCAGUCGUAGAGGCGAUGAAUCCACAAGAAUUUCCUGCAGGAAGCCUUAUGAUCAGAGAAGGAGAGAGUGGAAGCCACUUGUAUGUAUCGGCACAUGGACAAUUCGAAGUACUCAAAGGAGGACAAGUUGUCAAGAACUUUGGUCCUGGUGAAGCUUUCGGCGAAUUAGCUAUUUUAUACAAAGCGAAACGUUUUGCUUCAAUACGAUGUAUUACAGAAGCGAAAGUAUGGACACUAGAAAGAAAAGUUUUUCAAAAGAUCAUGGUACGCAGUGGUCGACAGGAGCAAGAGGACAAUAUGCGUUUCUUAUCAUCUGUUCCUUUAUUACAAGGGAUUCACCCCAUAGAACUUGCAAAAAUCGCAGAUUUCUUGCGAAGAGAGUUUUUCGCGACUGGUACGGCCGUGGUACGGCAAGGCGACAAAGGUGACAAAUUUUACAUCAUAAGAGGUGGUACUGUGAUGGUAACGAAACGAGAUGGGGACGGCGGGGAACGACGGGUGGGCACGCUUAAACGUGGCGAGUACUUUGGGGAACAAGCCUUGCUUCACGAGGAUCGUCGUCUAGCAACCGUAACCGCUAUGCCUCCAGGGGUUGAAUGCUUGACGUUAGAACGCGGACCUUUCUCAGAGUUAUUGGGAAAUUUGGAAGAAUUGAAGAACAUCAGACAUGCAGUGCCUCGACCUUCUCAGCAAAAGAAAACUUCCGAAGUAAAAAGCGAAUAUGAAUUCAUCGAGCUGAAAGAUUUAGAGAUUGUGGGUACUAUGGGAGUCGGUGGUUUCGGUCGAGUUGAGCUAGUGCAGUAUAAGAAAGAUUCUUCAAAAACCUUUGCGCUAAAAUGCCUUAAGAAAAUUGAUAUGGUUCAGCAACAACAGCAGGAACAUGCAUUUAACGAGAAAAAUAUAAUGAUGUCCUGUAAUAAUAGAUUUAUAUGCCGAUUGUACCGUACUUUUAAGGAUAAUAAAUACAUAUAUUUCUUAAUGGAACCGGUCCUUGGCGGUGACGUGUGGACAAUACUCCAAAAACAGCGGUAUUUCCCCGAGAACAUCGCACGGUUUAUGGCGGCGUGCGUUGUCGAAGCCUUCCAAUAUCUACACUCGAAAGAUAUCAUCUAUAGAGAUCUUAAGCCGGAGAAUUUGAUGCUAGACACAAAAGGCUAUAUUAAAUUGGUUGAUUUUGGAUUCGCUAAACGAUUAUCAACAAAUAGUAAGACAUGGACAUUUGCUGGGACACCAGAGUACGUGGCCCCAGAAAUUGUGCUUAAUAAAGGACACGACCGAGCUGUCGAUUGCUGGGCGCUUGGGGUAUUCAUCCACGAAUUGUUGGUCGGUAAACCGCCAUUUAGAGCCGCUGGUGGAGAUCACAUGAAGACUUAUACACUCAUCCUCCGCGGGAUAGAUGCUGUAUCAUUUCACCCACGCGUACCGAAAUCUGCUCAAUUACUUAUACGAAAACUAUGUCGCGCUGUCCCAGCUGAACGUUUGGGAUAUUUGAAAAAUGGUAUCACGGAUAUAAAAAACCACAAAUGGUUCCUUGGUUUUGAUUUUGAGGGAUUACGUGAAGGGAAACUUAAGGCUCCACUUAUACAACCAGUUUCAAAUGACUUGGACCUUUCCAACUUCGAGAAAUAUCCUAAGGAUAAAAUGCCGCCAGAUGAAACUUCAGGGUGGGAUAUUGAUUUUUAAAUACAGUCAUCGCUGGUGUAGACUUAGGGAAUUUGAUACAUUAUAUUAUUUAAAAUAUUAUAUGACCCCGUACCUUUUUCGUACCCAUAAAGUAUAAACUGUAUCGACUU